CGCCCCUCCCUUCACCUUCGAAUUCGCUUCACAUAUGUAAGGGCGUGGAUCCUCAGGGUUGCCCUAGCUUUUCCCUUGGAGCCCAAUGCGCUUGUCCUUUACUCCUCUUAAAAGACCCUCUCCUUGCUCUCCUGCCUAUCUGUCAGCGUUGAAUUCCAGUCCUUUAGCACGUCCUCUCCCUCGUCAAUCCUUCAUUCCGUUGGCAUCGACACUUGCCAUUAUGAGUCAAUCACCCUCUCGCUUUCAGCAGCGUCAUGCUGUCCACCCCCCCACUGGCCCUGCAGAGAUGAACUAUGAUACAGCCAACCCUGGCUACAUCCGCAAGUACCUUCGCACAUACGGCCUCACUCCUCCACACGUUGAUAGCUACGAGGUUCAGAAAACGAGAUGUCUCACACAAUUGGCACUCAAGUCAACCGCAAUAGAUAAAUUCCUCUAUCUCAGCGCCAUUAGAAAGAAUAAUGUGCACUUGUUCUACCGUUUGGUUGUAGACCACUUGAAGGCGCUGACACCGUUGAUUUACACUCCCGUGGUUGGAGAAGCUUGUCUGAAAUGGUCGGAGAUUUAUCAACAGCCCGAAGGCAUGUAUAUCAGCUACGAGGAUCGGGGCAACAUCGCUGGGGUCAUCCAGAACUGGCCUCAGCCCAAUGUAGAGAUCACAUGCAUAACCGAUGGCUCAAGAAUCCUGGGGUUGGGUGACCUCGGUAUCAAUGGCAUGGGCAUUCCAAUUGGGAAGCUUGCUCUGUAUACUGCCUGCGCCGGCAUUCGGCCAGAGGUCACUCUUCCUCUCACAUUGGACUUGGGCACAAGCAAUAAAUCUCUGAGGGAAGACCCUCUAUACAUGGGGAGCCGGAGGGAGAAGGUCACUCCAGAACAAGAACUUGAGUUCCUGGAUGAGUUGAUGACUGCUCUGACGGAAAGAUGGCCAGGCAUUGUUAUCCAGUUUGAGGAUUUCAAGAAUCCAUUCCCAGCCCUGGCGCGGUAUCGCCAUAAUUAUACCUGCUUCAACGAUGAUAUCCAGGGUACUGGUGCAGUCAUUCUGGCCGGUGUGAUGAACGCAGUGAAGAAGUCUGGAAUUCCUCCCCAGAAUCACAAAGCCGUGUUCUUGGGGGCGGGGAGCGCCGGUGUUGGUGUUGCCAAACAGAUCGUUGACUUCUUUGUCCGCGAAGGAAUGACCGAGGAUGAAGCUCGGGCCUGCUUCUACCUUGUCGAUACUAAGGGCCUUGUGACUGCUGACCGUGGUGACAAGCUUGCCGCACACAAAGUUUACUUUGCGAGAACAGAUAAUGGCGGCAGACAGUACAAGACUUUGGAGGAAGUCGUCGACUAUGUCAGGCCGACCAUGCUCAUGGGAUUGUCCACCCUUGGCGGAGUCUUCACACCUCAGAUCCUCAAGAAGAUGAGCGAUUGGAAUAAGAAGCCAAUCAUCUUCCCUCUAUCAAACCCUUCUGCUAACUCGGAAUGUAAUUUCGAGUCCGCCGUUGUCAACACCGACGGUCGUUGUCUCUUUGCGUCCGGAUCUCCAUUCCAACCUUUCUCCUACACAAACCACGCUGGUGAGACAAAGACACACUACCCUGGCCAAGGUAACAACAUGUAUGUCUUCCCGGGCAUCGGACUGGGAACCAUCCUUUCAAAGGCCGUAGAGAUCACCGACACCAUGAUAUACGCCUCCGCCCAGGCUCUUUCCACGGCCCUGACAUCUGAAGAAAUUGAACAAGGACUCCUUUAUCCGGACAUUACCAGGAUCAGGGAGGUUAGCGUUUUGGUUGCCCGAGGAGUAAUCCGUGCAGCCCAAGAAGCCAAGGUAGAUCGCGAGACUGGUAUCCGAACGUUCUCCGAUUCCGACCUGGAUGCCUGGAUCAAGUCCCGGAUGUAUAAUCCCCAUGGAGAAGUCCAGUCGCUGGAGAGGGAAGUCGGCCUCCUCCUUUCUUCCAUUGGCCGCCUGAAUGUAAACAGAGAGGAAGGCUCUGCUGCGCACGAAGUGAAUGGAGAUUCGAAACUUUAAUUUUUUUUUUUUUUUUUUUUCUUUUGGCAUUGCUUGGUUUCUUGGUCCCAGCCCAUUUGUUUUCUCUCACGCCUUUUUUUUUAUUUUUUAUUUUUUUCUUUGAUGUCCAUUUUUCAUAAUAUGUUUCCCCAACUAACUAGCAUUUUCAUUCUGAGGUCAUGGCCCGGUUUCACGCAGGGAUGAAGGGGCAGGGUCCGGGAUCAAAAAGUCAUGUCAUGAGUGUUUGCCUAUUAUGUUCUGAUGCCUUGGUGUAUUGAAACCCUGCCCGCCUUGGAAGUUCGUGAUAUCCUGAUUUUGGUAUACAUUGUAGAGGUGCAUGGAUGCGCCUCCUGCCCCCGACUAUGUUUAGUUACAUGAUGCAUUUGUAGCCUGGUUUAAAGGUGUGAUUUUGUCGACUUUGCUGCUCUUUUCUGUUGACUAUUCCUAACUAUCUUGAAUAAAUUUUGGGGUAGUUGGUAGUUAA